AUGAAUAGUGUGUACACCUCCAUCAAUUGCGAAUCCGUAGUUUUCGACGUGGAAUUUCAUCCUAAAUUGGACUUAAUAUGUGCAGGCUUAUUUGAUGGAAAUUUAUUAUUAUAUAAAUUAAAAGAAGAAAAAAAAAAAUUUCAGAAAAAAUGGAACAUAUAUAACCACAAAAAAACAGUUAGUUGUGUCUCCUUUUCAAAUAAUGGGAAAAAAAUAUUAGUAGCAUCUUCUGAUAAUAAAUGUUCACUAACAGACAUCACAGGAAAACUUACAUGGACGAACUUAUGUCAUAAUAAUUCAAUAUGUUCUAUUUUGUUUACUAGUUUAAACACAUUUUUAACAGCUGAUGAAACAGGUAUUAUUAAACAUUGGGAUAUGAGAGAUGAAUCAAAAAAACCAAUACAUAAAAUAAAAGAAUUCGAUGAUACUAUUUCAAGUAUGUUUUUAAAUGCUGAUGAAAAGUCUGUUGUUGUUUCAUGUGGAGGCCAUUUAGCCCUUUUCGACAUUUUAAAUAAAAAAAAAAUUAGUUCACAUAGCAUUUCAACAGAACAUAAUGAUGAAUUUUUGUGUUCUAAAUUACUCGCACAUAAUUCAAAAAUUGUAUGUACAACCAUGAAUGGAUAUAUUGCUAUUUUUUCAAAACAACCUUGGGCCAACAUGGAAGGUAAAAUAAAAGCUAGUAAAGAUAUGAUAAGUACAUUUGUAAAAUUGGAUGAAUAUACAAUUUUAUUUGGUACAUCUGAUGGAAUUAUAAAACUUGCUCAUAUUUUGCCAAACAAAAUUGGAGAUGUUAUUGCUACUGAGGAGGGAGGUGAAAGCGUUGAAAAAUUAACAAUUAAUAAAAAAAAAAACCUAUUUGCAAGCAUAUCACACAAUACUUCCAUUCAUUUUUACCCGAUUCAUGUGAAUAAUUCAGAAAUAUCAGGCAAAAUAAAAAAAAAAAAAAAAUCCUUCUUUCACGAUUUGUAG